ACAAUUAGCAAUAGUGUUACAGGAGUUGUUCAGAAUUAUAGAAAUUUUAUAGAGUGAAGCAAGAUUCAAAAUGAAUGUCAAUGUAGCCAACAAUUCAUAGUUACUACAGCUAAAUAAGAGUACAGUAACGAUGUGCUUUCCAUAUUACCGAUGAUAGUUCCCUCUUAAAAAUAAAACAGUCAUUGAUUGAGUGUUGAGGCUUAUUUUUAUGACAUGUUGAAUGGUAUAUCAUAAAAACUAAAUGACCGCUAAACAAUUCCAACCUGUAUCACUUUUUCAAAGUAAUGCCGAAUCUCUUUUGGAUCAUGGCCGAAAAAUGUUUAUGACGAUAACGUACAUUUCGAAGAAUAUUUUUAAUUAAAUACCGUAAAUAACUAUUCUGGAUUUAUACCAUGGGGGUUUCUUCAUUCUUCCCCAGUGCCAUUUCCAUGUUACUUAUCUCUGGUAUUGUGUUAUGUUCCGAAGAUGAUUUUUUCAAAUACAACAAAGCAAUAUAUGAAGGUCCUUCCAACAUCACGGUAAUGCAAGGCGAGACUGCUCGCUUUGGGUGUCUUGUUCACAGUGGUAUUGAAGACAUUCGUGUUCAGUGGUCAAUUGAUGGAGUGUUCACUGGAAUUUGGCCACCUCCUCCUGGUCAUACAAGAUUGGGAUUUUCCUAUCCAAAAGAUGGUGACAAGUCUCUUGAUGUGUAUGACAUCGAACUUACCUCCGCGUCCUGGCAAAAACACGAAGGCUUGACAUUUGAAUGCCAAGUCAUUAGCGUUGCGCGAUCCGAUGUCGCAACUCUGACAGUGAUAGUGCCUACGUCUCGACUCGAUAUGAUACCUGCUCCAAAAGAUGGUGUGAUUUUUUCCCCACGAAGAGAUCUUAUAUCUGUAACGUGCGAGACGAAUUAUGCCACGUCGGAAGCUGUUAUAAGCUGGAAGAUAGAUGGAAACGUUCCACACGCUGACGAAGUAUCAACCCGAAAGCUGAACAUAACUUCGAAAAACGGAAAAUCGAAUCUAACCAAAGUUAUCUCUGAAAUAAGUCGACAAAUUAUCAUUUCCGAAAAUUCGACUAAUGUGAAUUUGUCUGAUUACUCCAAAAAAGAGGAAUUAACCAAAAGAAAUGCCAAGGAAACAAUGAUACAAAAUCUAGAAAAAAGACGUUUAUUGGAAAGUAUGUAUGAAUCCGUUUAUCAUGUAACUUGUGAAGCAGAUAGCGAAAACUUGCAGUCUGGCUCGAUCUUACGAAGUUCGGCAUGGAUAGUGGCAGAAAGAAAAGAGUUACUUCAUCACCGUAGUACAGCAAAAAAGGAAACUGUUUAUGAUUACAACAACAUAUUAUAUAUAACGCUUGCAUGUGGCUUACUUCUUGCUGUAGUUAUUUUGGCAAUUGGUUGCUUCGUUAUAAGGAGAUGCCCAAACAGAACAACCAGAAGACCGGCGGAAGAACAAGACGUGACAGCGGGCAAUUCGAAGCUAAUAUACAUACCCGACCAAGGAAUUGCGUCAAGCGUUGGCUCACAAGAUCGUUUCAGCGAUGGCGAUACACUGCGAUCCGGAAGCCAUGUCCAUAUGCUGCACGGGCAAGCUGAUGUAACAGAAGGCGUAAGAUGUAACGUCCCAACUUUUGAUACGUUUGCUCGGGGCGAUGGACUUCUAUCGACAUUAGAAUCAGAAGGGCGCGACCAGAGCAAAAGAUCAAUUGACGGAUCCAUGAAAUCGGAAUCAUCAUCCACCAUUAGAAAUUCGACAUUAAGAGAAGAAAUGACCAAUUUUUUGUCAAGGCAAUAUUCAGAACCUCCCGGUAGAAGAGAUCGUUUUAUAUUAGGUGCAAGUUCCCAGAACACACAAUCUGACACAAAACAGCAAAUGGUUUACACUAUUCCGAGAUCACGUGGUUCCAAUUUUUUUCUCGACCCGCCCUCACAACAGCCUUCUCAGCUCCAUCACAAAUUUGAUCGUUUGGGAGCAGAAUUAUAUAAAAGCGCUUAUGGGAGUCUACCACGCCAAAGGUAUUCAGAUAAAAGAGGAAUGCAAGAAUUCUCGCUAGAAAAUGUUGAUAAGGAAUGUGCUAUAAUGGCUAACUCAACCAAUAUCGACGACUUGCCGCUACCUCCUCCACCGCCUCUUCCUGAAGUUGCCCCGAGCGAUACAUCAACAGAAAUAAGUCAUCUUCCACCACCAAUGCCUGUGUUAGGAGAUCUUUCUUGUGUUGUGUUACCAGAUGAUCUAUAUCCAACACUCACUCGCUAUGAACCGACGUACAACUUAGUCUACGGAUCUAGCUACAAUUCUACGGCGGAUGGAAAUCAAGUGAGCGUGAGGCAUAAUUCAGAAACAUCACCUGGAAGUAGUGCUUCUGGAAAAGAAUUGUCCUUACCUACUGGGCGUUAUCGACAGGUACCAUCCUCGCUCGUUUAGAUUUUAGAACCUGCGACUGGAUAUCAUGACUGCCAAAUUGAAUGUAAGAUCAAAGACACUUUUAUUGAUGCCUAAUACCAAUCUGACAUGCUAUUGUGACAGACUUUUGAAUUUCCCCACGUGAUAGUAAAAGGAAUAAUAUGUUAAAACUCGUAAAGCUGUUCAUUUCAUACAAUACGUCUCUUGUCUGUUUUUCAUUGGUUAUAUCACUGCAAAUCAUCUUAAUCAUGUAAAUUACCAUGCUGUCGAUCUUGACAAUUGUCGUUUUAGCCAAAAUUGUGCCAAUCAAGUUUCUUUAUUUUUCAUGUUUACCUUCACUUUUGCCUUCUGUAUAUUGGUUCCGGGACAAAGGUAUAGAUUUACACAGAAUACUCUCUUCUGCAUGUACAUCUGAAUUUUUUCCAUUACUUUACCAGUGUGAAUUAAAGUUCUGCUUUC